GCGAACAAGCGGCGGGCGGGCGCGGAGCAUGCGGAGCGGCGCCCCGGGCGGCCCCCGGGCUUGGGCGCGGGCGAGGCACGCGGGCAGCGGGGUCGCGGAGCUGCGCGGGGCCAACGGCAGGAGCGAGGACGGACCGCAGUGACUCAGGAGUCACCCGGGAGCCAGCGCCUGGCCAGGGGGCCCCGCCCGCCUGUCGGCCGGGCCAGGCCGGCGGGGAGGCGCCCAUGCGGGGCCGCGAGGCUCGGUGAGGGCGCGCGCAGGCGGGCGGGCGGACGAGCGGGCGAGCGUGCAGCCGGCACCAUGUCCAUGCUGCCCACCUUCGGCUUCACGCAGGAGCAAGUGGCGUGCGUGUGCGAGGUGCUGCAGCAGGGCGGCAACAUCGAGCGGCUGGGGCGCUUCCUGUGGUCUCUGCCCGCCUGCGAGCACCUCCACAAGAAUGAAAGCGUGCUCAAGGCCAAGGCCGUGGUGGCUUUCCACCGAGGCAACUUCCGCGAGCUCUACAAAAUCUUGGAGAGCCACCAGUUCUCGCCACACAACCACGCCAAGCUGCAACAGCUGUGGCUCAAAGCGCACUACAUCGAGGCAGAGAAACUGCGCGGCCGGCCCCUGGGCGCCGUGGGGAAGUACCGCGUGCGACGCAAGUUCCCGCUGCCACGCUCCAUAUGGGACGGCGAGGAGACCAGCUACUGCUUCAAGGAGAAGAGCCGCAGCGUGCUGCGCGAGUGGUACGCGCACAACCCCUACCCGUCGCCGCGGGAGAAGCGCGAGCUGGCGGAGGCCACCGGCCUCACCACCACGCAGGUCAGCAACUGGUUCAAAAACCGGCGGCAGCGCGACCGGGCGGCCGAGGCCAAGGAAAGGUACGAGGAGAACAGUGAAAACUCCAACUCCAGCAGCCACAACCCGCUGGCUUCCUCGCUCAACGGCAGCGGCAAGUCGGUGCUAGGCAGCUCCGAAGAUGAGAAGACGCCGUCGGGGACACCAGACCAUUCGUCGUCCAGUCCCGCACUGCUGCUCAGCCCGCCGCCGCCCCCUGGGCUGCCCUCCCUACACAGCCUAGGCCACCCUCCCGGCCCAAGCGCAGUACCCGUGCCAGUACCUGGUGGAGGCGGCACAGACCCGCUGCAGCACCACCACAGCCUACAGGACUCCAUACUCAACCCCAUGUCUGCCAACCUUGUGGACUUGGGCUCCUAGAGCUCUGGUCCUGGCACUUGCUUCCCAAGCUUGG